AUGUCUCUCGGCAAGAAGGUCACCCUCAACUCCGGCGCUGAGAUCCCCCAGCUGGGAUUCGGCACCUGGCAGUCCGCCCCCGGCCAGGUCGGCGAGGCCGUCUACCAGGCCCUCAAGGUUGGCUACCGCCACCUUGAUCUGGCCACCAUCUACCAGAACCAGCGCGAGGUCGCCGAGGGCAUCCAGCGUGCCUACAAGGACAUCCCCGGCCUCAAGCGCGAGGACAUCUUCAUCACAUCCAAGCUCUGGAACACCCAGCACGACCCCGCCGUCGUUGAGAAGGCUCUCGACGAUUGCCUUGCUGAGCUGCAGCUCGACUACCUCGACCUGUACCUCGUCCACUGGCCCGUCGCCUUCACCACCGGCGACAACUACUUCCCCGCCGACACCUCCAGCACUUUCCCCGACGGUGACGUCCAGAUCGAGGACAACAUCUCCAUCGUCGACACCUGGAAGGCCAUGAUCAAGCUGCCCAAGUCCAAGGCCCGCGCCGUUGGUGUCUCCAACCACACCGUCGAGCACCUCGAGGCCAUCAUCAACGCCACUGGCGUUGUCCCCGCUGCCAACCAGAUUGAGCGUCACCCUGUUCUCCAGAGCCCUGAGCUGAUCGAGUACGCCGCCAAGAAGGGCAUCCACAUCACCGCUUACUCCGCCUUCGGCAACAACCAGUUCAACAUCCCCCUCCUCGUCGCCCACGACGACGUCAAGGCCGUCGCCGCCGAAGCCUCCGCUCGCCUCGGCAAGACCGUCACCCCCGCCCAGGUGAUCCUCGCCUGGUCCCAGGUCGGCGGCCACUCCGUGAUCCCCAAGUCCGUGACUGCCUCUCGCAUCGCCGAGAACUUCCAGGAGGUCGAGCUCACCCCCGAGGAGAUCGCAAAGGUCUCGAAGCUGGGUGAGAACCGCCGCCGCUACAACACGCCGUACGUUGCGAACAAGCCUCGCUGGAACAUCAACAUCUUCGGCGAGGAGGAGGAGAAGCCUGCUGGGCACAAGGUUAUUGUUUAG